AUGGUAGAGGACCGGCCACAGAGGAUUACUCUAGAGGACUACUCUAAUACCUCUACACCUCAGUAUUUCACAAGCAUGGUCCGGCCCGAAGUUCAAGCUGCCAACAUCACUUAUCCACAUUCCCUCAUCCAGUUGAUUCAAGGCAAUCUCUUUCAUGGGCUACCCAAUGAAGAUCCAUAUGCCCACCUUGCUACAUACAUAGAGAUUUGCAACACGAUGAAAAUAGCUGGAGUUCCUGAAGAUGCCAUUUGCCUCAACCUAUUCCCAUUCUCCUUGGCUGGUGAAGCAAAAAGAUGCGACCCAGUUCAACUCAAUACCUUCAUUGAUGGCUUGCGACCCCAUUCGAAGCAGUUACUUGAUGCCUUCGCUGGUGGGAAGAUCAUAUUGAAGACACUUGAUGAAGUUAUGGAGUUGAUUGAAAACAUGGCAACCAGUGACCAUGCCAUCCUUCGUGAUCGAGCUUACACUCCUACAAAGAAGAGUCUUCUUGAGCUCACAUCACAAGAUAGACUACUUGCCCAAAACAAGCUCCUAGCCAAGCAAAUAUAG